UCCGAAUAGUAAAGUUGAAAAAUAGGCUGGAGAAAAAGAUGCCAAGAUGAUCACCUUAAUUUAACGAAAUGACAUGAUUUUUGUCGGUCGGCAGCCAUGGCCAGUGAGGUGGACGCCCAGUAUGAAGCCUCGGACGAAUCCUCAGAAAACGAACUUCUCGACAAGAGUCUGUCUGUGUGGAAGGGUUGGAAUGUGAAGGAGACCUUUGACCCCAUACCCCUUGACCUCCACACAGCCAGUAGCAUUGGCCACUAUGACUGUGUACGGUCGUUUAUCCAAAGGAAGGUUGACCUGAACAAGAAGAACCGCGGAGGAUGGACACCACUCAUGUAUGCCUGUUACAUCGGCCACGACAACAUUGUCAAUCUGCUGCUGGAUGCCAACGUGUCCGUCAACAUCAAAAACAGCAAGGGUCAGACGCCCCUAAUGCUGGCGUCCAGCUGUGGUAACGAGAGCGUGGGUUACUUUAUCUGUCAGCAAGGAGCAGAACUAGAGGCCCGCGACCAGAAAGGUUGGACCGCUUUAUUCCACGCUACGUAUGCCGGACACCAGAACAUGGUACAAACACUACUGGAACAGGGCGCCGACAUCAACGCUGUAGAGCCUAGUAUGGGGAUCACUCCCUUCAUGGAGGCAGCCGCGGAGGGACACGAAAUCAUUGUCCAGAUAUUCCUUCAACAUGGUGUGACAGUUAACAGCAAGGCACAUAACAAUGACACGGCACGCUCCCUGGCACUCAUCUACGGUCACAUAAAAAUCGUGAGCCUCAUCGACAACCACAGUAUGCCCAUCACCUGUCUACGAGCAGAAGCAGGUCUUGAUGCCGACCUUAGUUCAUCAGAUGAGUCUUUUCCUACGCGUCGUACACAGCAAGUACGUCGGGGCAAGGGAAAAGGAGGCCCCAGUAUUCGAGACGGACCCGACGCCAUCGCACGACUUAUUGACCGAUCUCAUCCAGGCAGCGCAGAAAACUCACACCCAAAAGUGCCAAAAGGAUAUCUGAGUUUCAAGCAGAAUGAGACUGACCCAAGUGACGCGCCAAAGCUGUCCUUUCGUGACGUCACCUCACCAAUUAACCAACAGGAUUACAACAGUGCUCUCGACAGCUCAGGGGGCAAAGAUUCUUGUGCAGAUGAACAUGAAGAGGAUGGUAAUGCUUUCUCCAAGACCGGAGCACUCACUAUAAAAAGUAGUUCCGGCUCCAGUGGUGGUUUAAUGGCUGCCCUUGGUAUAAAUCGUGAAAGUAGUCUGGACAGUGACGACUGUCAGCCACAGGACAGCACGACAUCGGGAACAUCCUCACUAGAGGGCAGCACUAACAGUCUCAAUGGUGCUGUACUCUCGCCCGCCAGUAGCUUUAACAAUGACUUAGUGACAGUUCAUAAUAACGACAGGGUCAGUGAAGGUGCUAGUAUACCGUGUGAUGAGGCAUCCCUUCCGGGAGGCAGCGGAAAGGACUCACAGCCGAUAAAUAGUCGACGCAACAGUGGUCCUCGUGAUAGCAAAACAGAGGCGCCAAAGCCUGUUUCACUCCCUUCAUCCCAGCUUUCUGCAUUUGUUCCAAAUAAUCAUUCAUCAAGCUUCACAACAAGAGCAGAAUUGGCGACAAUGAGCUCAAAUUCUCAGUCAUCCAUGCCUUGUUUAAAUGUAAAUCACCAGAACAGUCCCAAUAAUCGAUCGCAAGUGCCCAGUUUCGGCUUGGGAAGUCAGUCUCAUCCUCACAAUUUGAAUACACAGCCGUCCAACUUCAAUGCGCAACCGUCCAAUUUUAAUGUGCAGUCGUCCAGUUUCACUUCGCCCUGCAAUAAUGGUGCGUCCCCACAGAGUGACCAGCAGCAGCACCUUGGAUACACGUCGCUGCCCCAGGAAUAUGACAUCCUACGCACGACAGCAGACGUCAUGCCUGCCAACAACCCCCCUCAUACAGACAACAGCUACCCCCCACCAAAUAUGUUCUCCGGUCUUGGCUCCAACCCUGUCACUUGUGCGCCACAGAUUGGCUACCAGCUGUUCCCAACACCUCCCGCCAUCAACACGGCGAUUCCUCAAUCUCCCAUAAUGCCAUCAAACCAAGGGGUACCCCAGUCUCCCAUGAUGCAACAGAACCAGGGUGUGUCCCCAUCUCCCAUAAUGCAACCUAAUCCUACCAUGGCUCCGAACUCUGGUACCCAGCAAUCCUCCAUCAUUCCUCCCGGACCAGCAAUGGGGGCGUCCAAUUCUGUGAUGUCCUCUCACCCCACUGUCACCAACGUUGUCAUGACGGCCAAUCCAAUGAUGACCCAUAAUGCAUUGCUGCAGGAUCAGCAGUUUUUUGGGCCACCGAAGGUUCCCUCUGAUGGUCAGCCACAGGACCUGCCUGGACUGCUUGACCAGCUAGGACUGACCAGGUACCUUCCUGUGUUCGAGGAGCAGGACGUGGACCUACAGGUGUUCCUCUCCCUCACUGACGCUGACCUCAAGGAAAUUGGAAUAAAACUGUUUGGGCCCCGUAAGAAGAUGACCAACGCCAUUGCUCGGUGGCACAACCGCGGCCCGAUAUGUCAGUCCAGUCUUGAGCAGGCCUACGCUGACCGGCUGGACACAGAGAUGCAGGACAUGGGUCUCCAGCUACGCAAGUCAUUUGAGCAAAUUGAGACGCUGAAGGCUCAGGUUUUGCAGGAGCAACGGAUCCGUAACGUGACCGAGAGUUGUCUGACGGACAUACAGCAGAUCAGUUACGAUACCAGACAACAAUGUGAGGAGAUGAAAGAGUCACUAAGAAAACUAAAACAUUUUCACACAGAGAUUAAGAUAAAAGCUGAUUUGAGGGAUGAGAAGAGAAAUCAACCAAUACCAGCAUCAGAGGCAAGAAAUGUGAAUGAUUUAGCAAGUGCAAUGAGAGAGGACUUGUCAUUGGAUGACAGGACCAGAGGUUCAGCCAAUGACAAGGCAGGUUCCUCGGCAGAUUUGGCUAUAAAGAAGAUAGAACAUUACAUUAAGGCCCUGCAGAAAUAUCUUGCCAUGAUUACGAUGAACGCUGACCGACUUCUCACGUGGGGGGCUAAUUCUCACACGCAGGAUUCUGGCUUCUCGUAGCAAAAGUUUAUCUCUAAAGCACACAAUACUAGUGCUAGCUUCAUAUGGAGUUUGUGGAAUUCUUGCAGCACAGAGUUUUAGUUUCCCGUAGUAGAUGUCUGCAUCUCUCACAAUGCACUUAGUUCCUGUAAUAAAUGUUUGAAAUAAAUUCUCACCACAUUUUUUCAGGCUUGAUGCACAAUUUGCAUUUGGAUAAUAUUAUCAUAAUUUUACAAGUUUAGGAAUCCGGAAAAAGUGACAAAUUCUAAAAUUAAUGACUAGGAAUUCUUAUUGUGUAAAGUGGCAUGGGAAUUCGAAAAAGAAUUGUGCAAAAAUUAGAUUUCAUACUACAGUAUGUUUAAAGUAUUAUUAUUAUGAGUUAUUUUGUAAUAUGUAAAUUACAUUGUUACACACAGACACAAAUCGAGAUUGUCGGAGAUGUCUUAAUCUAAGAACUAGUGUAAUUUUUAUGUUGCAUGUGUGAUAUGAGGUAUAUGAUAAGUAUAUGAGAAUUUUUACAUUCAUAAUAUGAAUAAAUGUCAGUGAAAUCGGCCAUAAGGGCUACAUUCGUGUAUCUCGGUUGAAACGGUACGUGUGGCGAAGAAAUUUUCCACGAUAAGCAGAGCUAAAAAUGCACACUUUCGGAGAAUAAAAAACAAUGUAUCAAGAAUAUUAUGCCCUUCUUUCAUCCGUCCACUAAAUUACUUAACUUAUCUUAAAAACUACAUGUGACUUGACAUUGUUUUAGAAAGGAAUAACGCAAACUGGCAAUAGUCAGCAUUUUAG